UUGGGGUUUUAGGGUUUUUCUGUGCUUAGAUUUUACUUCUACUGAUUCUACCAUGACUGCUCAGACCCAGGAAGAGAUCCUCGCCGCUCAUCUUGAACAGCAGAAGAUCGAUCCUGAGGAGCCUGUGGUUGAAGAUGAAGAUGAUGAUGAGGACGAUGAGGACGAUGACAAGGAUGAAGAUGAAGCUGAAGGUAAGUUCUGCCAUUGUCAAGCAAGCUGAUUUUUUGGACUGUAAAUGUAGACAAACCCUUAGAUUCAUUUUCACAGGAUUGGGCAUUGAUGUCUAAUUUCAUUAUAAUUUAUAACAAAAUAAGUAUUAUUCGUCCACAAGAACAAUAGAAUUGAUUUUAAGUUUUGAGUAUCGUUAUUGUGAGACAAACAUGUUGUAAGAUAGAAGUAGACUGGUGAGAAAUGAAUUCA